AUGCAUGCGCGGGGGAGAGGGGAGAAAGGGCGCCGUGAGGGUGGCUUCCCAACCGUCACUGAAGAGCUUGAGAAAGAUGGAGAAAACCGAACAAAUUUCAAGCGACUGUCAGUUAUCGAUCAGUUUAUAGGACUAGAACUUGUUGAAGCACCAAGAAGAAGUCCAGUACCGCCAAUCAUCAACAGUCACUCUAUACCGAUUGAUCGUGUUAAAUGCGGUUCAACGAAAAAUAUCCUUUGUUUUAUCUGUCAUAAUAUUCUAUAUGAUCCAAUUUCAUGUAAAACAUGUGAAAAUUCAUUUUGUACCGAAUGUAUUGAACAAUGGCUGGACAAUCAACGCCCACAACGUAGAUGUCCACAUCAAUGCAAUCCGUUUAAGAAAAAAAAUUGUCCACCAGACAUUAUAAAUCAACUAUCUAUAUUAAUUAUUGAUUGUUGCUACAAACCAAAUGGUUGUAAUGAAAAUAUCAGUUACGAUAGCUUGAAAGAACAUGAAAGCGAAUGUGAUUAUAAAAUGCAACAAUGUCGGGGAUGUUCGCAGUUCGUAUGUAAAAAAGAUAUUAUCGAACAUGAAGAAAGCUGUGGUUUUCUACAAUUUUUUCAAUGUCGGCUGUGUGGUAUAAGGCAUCAAAAUAAACAAACUAACCAUGAAAUUGUUGAUUGUUUAUUGAAUCGUCAAUUACAUCUAGAAGAGAAAAUGGCACGAUUGGACAGAGAUAACCGAUUACUAAAAGAACGAUACGACUUUAUUAUUGGAGUUUUACAAAAACAAUCCACGGAUAAACCGUAG